GGCUGGGGCCGCGGACAGGCAGUGGGGCUGGGACGAACGCGCUCUCACCAGUCCAGCUCGGUGCCUACUCUUUGCUGCACUCUGGGUGGCCACAGCGCGGGGGCCUGUGCUGCCCCCGACACCCUCUCCGGGCGAUGGUGCGACCCGAGGGCGCGUCCGUCCCCCGCUGCCGUUGACCCGGGUCCCCCACUCCAUGGCCGCCUCGGCGCCGCCCCCACCGGACAAGCUGGAGGGAGGUGGCGGCCCCGCACCGCCCCCUGCGCCGCCCAGCACCGGGAGGAAGCAGGGCAAGGCCGGUUUGCAAAUGAAGAGCCCAGAAAAGAAGCGAAGGAAGUCAAACACUCAGGGCCCUGCAUAUUCACAUCUGACAGAGUUUGCACCACCCCCGACUCCUAUGGUGGAUCAUCUGGUUGCAUCCAACCCUUUUGAGGAUGACUUCGGAGCCCCUAAGGUGGGGGGCGCAGCCCCUCCAUUCCUUGGCAGUCCUGUCCCCUUUGGAGGCUUCCGUGUACAGGGGGGUAUGGCAGGCCAAGUACCCCCAGGCUACGGCACUGGAGGUGGAGGGGGACCCCAGCCUCUUCGUCGACAGCCCCCCCCUUUCCCUCCCAACCCUAUGGGCCCUGCUUUCAACAUGCCCCCCCAGGGCCCUGGCUACCCACCCCCAGGCAACAUGAACUUUUCUAGCCAACCCUUCAACCAGCCUCUGGGUCAAAACUUUAGCCCUCCUGGUGGGCAGAUGAUGCCAGGCCCGGUUGGGGGGUUUGGCCCCAUGAUCUCACCCACCAUGGGGCAACCUCCCAGAGGGGAGCUGGGCCCUCCUUCUCUCCCCCAGCGCUUUGCCCAGCCAGGGGCACCUUUUGGCCCUUCUCUUCAGAGACCCGGUCAGGGGCUCCCCAGCCUGCCCCCCACCACAAGUCCCUUUCCUGGUCCGGACCCUGGCUUUCCUGGCACUGGUGGUGAGGAUGGGGGCAAGCCCUUGAAUCCACCUGCUCCCACUGCUUUUCCUCAGGAGCCCCACUCAGGCUCCCCGGCUGCUGCUGUUAAUGGGAAUCAGCCCAGCUUCCCCCCAAACAGCAGUGGGCGAGGUGGGGGCACUCCAGAUGCCAACAGUCUAGCACCCCCUGGCAAGGCAGGUGGGGGCUCAGGGCCCCAGCCUCCUCCAGGCCUGGUGUAUCCAUGCGGUGCCUGUCGGAGUGAGGUGAACGACGACCAGGAUGCCAUUCUGUGUGAGGCCUCCUGCCAGAAGUGGUUCCACCGAGAGUGUACAGGCAUGACUGAGAGCGCCUAUGGGCUGCUGACCACUGAAGCUUCUGCAGUCUGGGCCUGCGAUCUCUGCCUCAAGACCAAGGAGAUCCAGUCUGUCUAUAUCCGUGAGGGCAUGGGGCAGCUGGUGGCUGCCAACGAUGGGUGAUACUGGUGAGGUGACCCAGGGAAGUGCAUACAUUUCCUUCCUGCUUUUCCAGGGUGAUUGUUUCGUGUCUGGCUCUUGGUCCUCAUUUCCACUGGCUUCUCAUCCCCCUGGAGCAGAAACAGUGGCUCCUGGGGUCAGAAGAGGAACUGAGGUGGGCAGGCAUGAGAGCCUGGAUUGCUCACUGUUCUGGAAACUUUCACGUUGAGACCUACAAGAGAUCCAGGAAACCAAAGCCCUGCCGAGCAGAGCCAUUUUUUGUCGGCUGUCUCUGGAAACCUCUAAGGGGUAUGGCUGCAAGAGAAAAGAGGCUGGAGGAAGAUCUGGAAGGCGGAGGUGUCUCUUCUGUAGAUGAUGGACAUCCCCAACACCUGUGCCUAAUGCUCCUCAUUCUAGCCCCACAGCUCCAGCCUUAGUCUUUGGAGUCAAGUGUUAAACGUUUCUGGCCAGAGGAGCUCGAGUCUCUUCCCAUUCCCUGCAAUAGCCCUUCCUUGGGCUCUGAGGGACAGCUUUAGGGAAUAAAAAGGGAUGUGCCCCUUUUCCUCCUUUCCCCUUAUUCCUCCAAAACCUGCUCAGCUGUUCCCCACUCAGAGAACCAAAUAGCUUGAAGAAACGAGAGUUCUUGGCCAUGGCAUUUUCUUGGUAGUUUGGGGCUUCAAGACAGUAGGUAAGAGAUGCUGUCAGGACGUACUUCCCUCAUACCAAAGUCACUGGUCCUUUUCUCAGCCUCUCUCGAGCUUUUCUCCUAAUGACUUUUUUUUUUUUUUUUGCCAAAAAUUGGGGUAGGUGGUCUGACCAGAGUAUUUUAAAGUUGGGCAGGCCUGGAAGCCUGUACUUCCACCUCCCCCCAUCCUGCCCAUCUGUUGCACAUUGUUCUUAGCGUUGGUCUUCAACUUCUGGUGCCCUUAUUCCCCCACCUCUGGCUCGAUUGAAGGAAAGCUUGAAAGGGCACAGAGCCCUUAUACCUCAUUUCUUAUGAUAAAAGGAUCCCUGUCACACCUGCGGGUGGGAGAGGCAGCAAGACCCUCAUUGCCAAGGUACUGAAAUGCAGUUCAGAGCUUGGGUGUUUUCUCUCUUUCCCUGCUCUUUGUUAUAUCUUCUGGGCCUCGUGUUACAGUACUCAUUUCUCUCAGCCAGAGUCCGGUACAGGGCUUUGCUUUUGUUUUAAAGCACUCCCUACCAGAGGUGGGCCUGGGGCCUGCUCAGGAUCCCCUCACAACUGAUCUGAAAGCUCAUGCACGCCUUCCUCAAUGGGGUGGGGAAGGCAGGCCUGGGAGGAGUUAGUGGUUGCCUGGACCCUACUAGUGUAUGCAGAGAAGACAGGUAAUACUGCAGAACUCAAUUUGCCUACCCAGGGGGAGCCAGUGGCCUUCGAGGCUGUGUGACAGAAGGGGUGGCCUGCGGCCUCUGGCCUCCAGUGUGUCUCCCCCCACCCCCACCGCCCUGACUCUAAACAGCAGAGAGAACAGCCCUCUGCUGUUCAGCUUUGUGUUGUGUUUGUGGUUCUGUUUGCCCCUUUUAUCUGUUGCUAUUUUUGUUCUGCCUUCCCCCAUGUCAGCAUUUUGUAAAGUGGCUCCUGUGGGAAUGUCUGCUUAGUCCCUCACUGUUUCGGAAAGCAAGUGGGGGUGGCAGGGGUGUGGUGAUGGGAGAGGGGUCUUUUGUAUGAUUGGAUUAAUAAAAUGGCUUGAAAAUCCAGACAA